GAGAGGGGUUAGAGCGAGGAGUGCAGUGAUCAGCAUCUCCCGUGCCAUGAUCUCGUUUGGUUGUUAUUGGCAGGGCACCCUGACACGCGGCUGGCUGGUGGGAGAAGCCUCCGAUGGCUUGCAUGGAGCUGCUGUACCUCGCCAAGGAGGCCAGGCGAUCCGAUCUGUGCAGCAACGUGGACUGGAGCGUGUGUGCCUCUCCCUCCGAGCCGCACGGCAGGGGCAACGGGAGUGCGAGAACGACCACGGCAGUGGCAGCUCUCUGCUGCGAGAGGCACUGCAAGUCCACACAGAGGGCAGCCCUAGCAGGUCCCACCCAGGCACCUGUGCGCACCACUCCUACCUCCUUCGCCUCUGGGCCGUGUCCCGAAGCAUUGGGCAGCACCCAGCCCUGCUGCCAGCCACCUCCCCUGGAUGGAGACGAGGAGGCAGACAAGAAGAAAGCCUGCUGCUGCGCUCAGGAACUAGAGACCUCAUUUACUUACGUGGAUGAAAAUGUCAACCUGGAGCAUCCAAAAAGCACCCCUUCUGUUGUGAGCAGCUGCUGCCAGGGCCAGGACCCCCCUGCCCAGGACAGUUCUUGCAGAGAGAUCCCACUGGAGUGGGUUCGUGAUUCUCCCUCUCUGAUCUCUGAGGAAGAGGAUGAUGCUGCCUCGGAAGCUGCCUCAGGGAAAUCUAUAGAUUAUGGGUUCGUUAGUGCCAUCUUGUUCCUGGUUAGUGGAAUUUUGCUAGUGAUUAUUUCCUAUUUGGUACCCAGAGAUGUGACUGUGGAUCCUAACACUGUAGCUGCCAGGGAGAUGGAGAGACUGGAGAACGAGAGCGCUAGAAUCGGAGCUCACUUGGAUAGGUGUGUGAUCGCAGGUCUGUGUCUCCUAACUCUGGGGGGCGUGGUGCUGUCCAGUUUAUUAAUGAUGUCUAUGUGGAAAGGGGAGCUGUACAGGAGGAGUAGAUUCGCAUCCUCCAAGGAGUCUGCAAGGCUGUAUGGGUCUUUCAAUUUCAGAAUGAAAUCGGGCCCCAAUGAUAACACGCUGGAGUUAUCAUUAGUGGAAGAGGAUGCACUGGCUGUAGAUAAUUAGUGUGGUCGUGAUUUCUCAGGCAGCACUUGUACAGAAAAGGAAGUUUUAUUCGGAAAGCAAGGACAGCUCAAGAUAGCUAGUAAUGCAGUUUUUGCCUGACAGGAAAGGUUUUCCUUUAAAGUUUAUAAUUGAUUUUUUCCAUUGUAUGGAUACUUGUUCUUAGGAAAAACAUGCAAGGGAUGAUAUAAUCAAUAUAAGAUACACUUUCUGGUGAAAGCAGUGAAUACAGAUUUGUGAUUGCCAGGUUCUUUAAAUGCUCUUUUAUCCUGCUAUAAAAUAUACGCCUCAGUGUCUUUCCUGGGAUCACCCCAACACAGAGCACUAACAUCCUGCCUCCCUAGAAGCUGUUAUUGUAUCAGCCUACAUAAGGCUUAUUAACAGUCUACUUGGUAGAUGUGCUAAGGGAUAUGACCAAUAAUCAAGUUGCAAGACUGACAUUUAAUUAAGGAUGACAGUCUUUUUUUUAUAUACUUUCAUUUUUAAGCUGCCCUCUUUUCUUGCUGUGACUGGCAUGAGUGCAUCAUGCAUUCAUUUACCACAAAUAUCUCUUCUGCCCAACUAAUAGCAUAAUUAGUGAUGAUUAUUAAAAUAUAGAAUAGAAGGUAAUGGGCACUGAAUUAAAUGGCUCAGGGCUUUGAUAAAGGGCCUUUCUUCUUUAGGUCAUUGGUUCAACUGCAACUACAAUCCAUAGUGUUGGGAAAAAUGUUAACUUCCAUGACUGCUAACUCCUGUGAAGUUAGUUUAGUGGAUAGAUGCUGGACACCUGUCCUGAUAGGACAACUACACUGCCAUAACUUGACAUCUAUUGAGCUCUUUUUGGGAGUCUCAAAAGUGCUGAAGACUUAAGUAGGAUGGAGAUGGGGAUAGAACAGUUUUCUCACAAAGUACCUCCUUGGAAGAGGUUUGUGGCAGGAAGCAGGACUCUGCUUGUUGUGAGGUUGUCCAUAUCAUCUGUCCUCUUCAGCUGUAGCUUUUAAUCCACUAUGGCUACAAACCCUUCCAGUUUCCCAAGAAGUUAAAAAAGCAAGGUGUUGUAUUUUGCAUGGGUCAGAAAAUAGCUUUCUGUGCUACUUCAGUUAGCAGCCUAUUUCUUUAUCAGCUGCUUUAAAAAGUCAGUGUCACAGGGAGAAAUGUUAGGUAUCCAGCCACUGAAUGACAGAUAAUGAGUUCAUACAUUGUAGCAAGUCAAAGAUAGGUGAUAUUAUUAGUGACAUGGGUAGCGCAGUGGCCAAAAAAUUAAACUCUAAAGGAAACUAUUGUCAGCCAUCUUCUGGGGAAGGCUAUAGUAGUUGUGUUUUAUAUCUUUUGUUUGGGGGAAAUAACAAAGAAACAAACAGCAUACAUGGUAGAGGUGACUAGACUGAUGCUUGCAAGCCACAUGAGGCUCCUGGAAAGUUUCAUUGUGGCUUCUGAAGAAACUUAAUCUAACAGCAAACCAUUAUUUGUGCUGGGGUGCUGUAUGGGUGCUGUGUGGUGUGAGAUCCGGGAGUGUGUCCAAGAGUCCUUGGCUGCAUCGAGGUUUUGGUUUACUGCAGAGCGUUAGGAGGUUUGGUCACCCUUGUUAUAUAACAAUAUAAUUUUUCAUUUACUCCAGUUGGGCACAUUCUGAUCCACUGACAAGACCCACUGGUCCAUUGGUUUAAAAAUGGUGAAUUAUUAUUAAAAUAAACCCCCUCAAAUAAGUGCCAUUCUGACUUCUUAAAUCUAUUUGCAUUUUGAAUGCAUCUCAGAGGAAUCAGCCUCUCAUCUGAGGCUGAAACCUGAAGUUGUUUUGACUUUGCUACCUCAGAGCUAGGGUGUACAGGCUGUCAGUAUUUCCACUUCAGUCUUGCAUGAAUAGUCCAGAUCAUGACUACUGCUAUUCUCUAACACGGAGUAGCCCACAGCUACAGCUAAGCUGUCUUAGCAGAGGGUGUCGAAAGUAAGCAUCUACUUUAAAGCCCAGGAGGUGAACACUCAACAGUGUGGGACUCAAAACAACUGAAUAAGAAGAUAUUCUUUAUACUUGAACUGUGCUCUGAUUAGGUAUGUUUGGGAAGCAGCUUGCCACCUUAGCUCUUUCUUUUAAUUCUGUAAUAUUGCAGUGUGUUUUUCAGUUAGUAUAAAUAGAUUGCAGACCCCUUCCUUCUCAUCUCUUUAUGGGUGAAGUUGCAUGUUACACCUAGACCAAACUAAGGGCACUUAAAAUGCAAGCAUCCACACAUUAAAGCUCAUUAACUUGUGCUAAGGGCCCUCUGAACACUU